AAAUUUGUUUGUACCCUAAAAGUCCAUGAAAAACAUGGUGAAAGCCUUAAGUCGAGUCUGUUGGAAUAGGAAUAGGAUUACGAUUUGAACACCAAAGAAAAUGAAUGAUACAAAAGAAAAAAAUGUAGGCUUAAUGCGUAACCACAGAAACAUUUCUUGUAUGUAAACAAAUACUCACAGAACUUAAUGCGUAACCGCAGAAACAUUUCGUCGAACAGUUGGCAGGCAAGAAACCUGAAAGCCGGCAGUGGCAUUGAUGCAUUGUCUGUCAAUACAAUAAUUUUUCUUCGUUUUAUAUUAACGUUAAGAACAAAUCAGACCUUUAUAGAACACCAUUAGAGAAGAAACAUUGACAGGCCUACCCGUAUGAAACAUCCUAUGUACGGCUGGACCAAGAAACAAAUAUUUCAAACUCCUCAAAACAUCAAAGAACAGGAACAGUUGAGCUCAAUUCUGUUGCUCCUUCGGUGUAAUAUUUCAUAUUUGAGGUACCUUUUCUAGCUAACAUCUAUAAAGGUUGUCCAAUUUGUGAUUUCGAAAUUGAGCUGAUAUUCUGUUGCAUAUUUCAGAUUUAUUUCCUUAAUUAGUUGCAUUUCUUGAUGGUAUUUUUUCGCAUAUCAUUUCUCAGUUUACUUGUCGCAGAUUGGUGGAAAAGUAUAGUUUAGGGUUUGCUGAUAUGAUGUAUCUGAAAGAGGGAUGUUCAUUGCUGCUGAAAGUUCAUAAGCCCUCGAUCCCUUUUGUCCUGAAUGCUAGUCCAAUACUUGGUGUGAAUCAAGAAAAUGAUGAAAUUAGGAAAAACCCAAGAACCCUUAAAGAAUCUGAUGUUUUGAAGAGAUUAAGAGGUGAACGUGAUACUUAUUUAGCUUUAGAGUACUUUAAGUAUGUAGCCAAUGUAGAAUCCUUCAAGCACACAACUUUAACUUACCAAAUGAUGAUUGAGAAACUGGGGCAAAAGCACGAGAUGGAUGGUGUUCAGUACCUUUUGCAGCAAAUGAAGUUGGAAGGAGUUAAUUGUUCUGAGGGUAUAUUCAUUAGUGUGAUGGAUUCUUAUAGGCGGGCUGGGGCAGCUGAGCAAGCACUGAAAACAUUUUAUAGGAUACAGGAUUUUGGCUUUAAAGUGACUGUGAGGAUUUAUAAUCAUUUGUUGGAUGCGUUGCUUUGUGAGAACCAAUUUCAUAUGAUUAAUCCUGUCUAUAACAAUAUGAAGAAAGAUGGCUUGGAGCCGAAUGUUUACACGUACAAUAUUCUUUUGAAGGCAUUGUGUAAGAAUAAUAGGGUGGAUGGGGCUUGUAAGUUGCUUGUGGAAAUGUCAAAUAAGGGAUGUUCUCCGGAUGUGGUGAGCUAUACAACAAUAGUGUCAUCUUUGUGUAAGAUUGGUAGUACUAAAGAUGCAAGAAAACUGGCCUUGAAUUAUACACCUAGUGUUCCAGCUUAUAAUGCUCUUAUAAAUGGGUUCUGCCGGGAAUGCAAUUUUAGAGAGGCGUUUGAGUUGAUGAACGACAUGUUGGAUAAGGGACUUAGACCUAAUGUUGUCACGUAUACAACAUUACUCAAUGCCAUGUGUGAUGUUGGUAAUUUUGAGCUUUCUUUUGCUAUGUUGGGGAAAAUGUUUGUGAGUGGAUGUAGUCCGAAUAUUCAGACUUUAACUUGUUUGAUAAAAGGACUUUCUUUAAAAGGAAGGGUACAUGAAGCUCUUGCUGUAUGGAACCAAAUUACCAGGGAGGGGUUAUUACCCAAUGUUGUCACAUAUAACACAUUAAUACAUGGUCUUUGCUUUGUUGGGAAUUUGUCCGAAGCUUUGUGUCUUCUUAACCAGAUGGAGAGAUAUGGCUGCCUUCCCAAUGUGACAACCUUUAGUACACUCAUUGAUGGAUAUGCAAAAUUUGGAGAUCUAUGGGGUGCAUCUGAGAUAUGGAACAAGAUGAUAACGUCUGGUUGUCCCCCAAAUGUUGUGGUAUAUACCUCCAUGGUGGAUGUGCUUUGUAGAAACUUCAUGUUUGACAGAGCUUAUAAUCUGAUAGAGAAAAUGGCAAUGGAAAAUUGUCCGCCAAACACUAUUACAUUCAAUGUCUUUAUCAAACAUCUGUGCACCAGUGGUAGAGUAGAUCAGGCUAUGGAAUUGUUUGAUAAAAUGGAACACUAUGGAUGUGCAUGUAAUAUCACGACAUACAAUGAACUUUUGGGUGGUCUGUUCAAAAUUAACAACUUCAGACUUGCAUUUGAGCUUCUUGUGGAUAUGGAGAGAAACGGAAUUGAGUUUAAUAUAGUGACAUACAACAAUAUUGUAAACGGCCUUUCUCGUGCAGGCAUGUUUGAGGUGGCCCUGAUGUUUGUUGGAAAAUUGUUGGUGAAGGGAAUAAAACCUGAUACUUUCACGUUGAAUAUUGUAAUCAAUGGCUACUGUAAGUGUGGUAAGGUUGAGUCAGCUAUUAAGCUUCUAGACACCAUGAGUUCUGUAGGUUGCAAUCCAGAUUUAGUUACAUUUACCAGUCUCAUCUGUGGAAUCUGUGAGACAAUUGGUUUAGAUUUAGCCAGUGUUUAUCUUCAGAGGAUGAUAGAAAAAGGAAUCUGUCCUAAUAUUUCUAUAUGGAACUUCUUGGUGCGAUGGUUAUUUAGGAAGCUAGGCUAUGAUGCAUCACUGACACAUUUUAAUAAUGUUAUGGAUGGUAGACUGGAAGAAACAGAGCUUCAGUUUCAAACUAAAGUAUGACUAAAGGCGAGUAGUUGCUAGAAGUCAGUUCCAAAACCAAGAUAGGUUUUGAUUGAGUAUUUGAGUAAUUGUGGAGAUACCACUAUGGAGCUUAGAAGGUUAUGCAAGGAAAUUUUGGAGACUUAGAUAUUUCCCAAGUGAAGGUACUAUUGCCUCUUGGUGCCCUUAACACCUCCAAUCCUUCUUAUUGCAGUCUACUUCCACUGGCUGUGUAUGAAAUUGUUCAAG